GACAAAUUGGCACCCACUGCGAUUUAAUCGCAUUAACUGUCAAAUAUGACAAAUUUAACGUAACAAACAUGCUUUUCUACAUUGUAUCCCUAAUUUUGGCCACGUCUGUCCUAAUCGUGGCAGUUUUAAUAUUCGUGAGCGAAGAUUUAUCGGCGUUCAAGAAUAAAUACGCUUCGAGAACCUUCGAGCUGCCCAUCCUAAGCCCCAAUGGGCAAAUAUUGAACACUGUAGACGAUUUGGAAGAAGAACUUAGUUAUUUGAAGGAGAAAUUGGACGAAAAACAAAAUGAAAUCGAAAAGUCAAAGUUAAAAGUUUGCACUGCAUCGGACAGUUUGAAAAAGUUGGGUGAAACAUCGGACGAAGUCAAAAAAUACUACCUAAAGUUAAAAAACGACAUAAUAAAGUCGGAAAAGGAAUGCCUAGACCUACAAGACCAAAUACAACUGUACAAGGAAAAACAGAAAAAACUCAGGCAAGAAGUUAAAGAUAAUGUGAAGUAUUACUCCAACAUACUAAGCAAUAUAGACCUAAAAUCCAUAGAAAUGCAGGAUUAUGAAAUUGUACAAUAAUUAAUAUCAAUAAAAACC